UCUCCCUCUUCUACACCGCCAUUACUCGAAACCGUAACCUAAAACCAACAAACACACACUCCGUCACAUCCUAUUUUCGCUGCUCCUCUUUGCCUUCCUUCCUGGGUUUCCAUAAAAGUAAAGGAGAAAACGAAAUCCUCCAACAAUCAAAGCUAGACGCAGAAGUGAAGUUGAGGGCUCGGAUAGAUAAGGGAUAUUUAGAGGGAGUUCUGUUCUUUCUACAACAAGAGGAGAAACUAACCAUGUCAUAUGUGGUGGGGGUAGCUUCUCAAGAGAACCACGAGGAGAACAACAACGAACGGCUAGAUUUGACUCACCGCACAGAUCCGACGUCCACAGAUAUGCUACUUCCUCAUGAAACUCUUCUCAGAGCUGCCAUUUCUCUCAAGAACCAGGUGGUUGAAAUGACGUGGGAAAGAGAUGGUAAAACAGGUACGGGUAUUGACCCGACAGUGUAUACGGGUUUGCUCGGGACAGCUUUCACCUGCCUGCGGUCGUACGAAGUUACCGGUAACGAGCAGGACUUGCUAUUGUGCUCCGAGAUUGUGGACACAUGUUCCGUUUCCGCACGGACCUCCUCUAGGCACAUCACCUUCUUAUGUGGAAGAGGAGGCUUAUAUGCACUAGGAGCCGUGGCUGCUAGCUACAAGGGGGACCGUAGAAGACGUGACUUCUUUGUGAAUCUUUUCCUUGAGGUUGCACAAGAGAGAGCCCUCCCCGUUGGGCCUGAGGAAGGUGGUUUUGGGAUGUCGUAUGAGCUUAUGUAUGGGAGAGCUGGGUUUUUAUGGGCUGCUUUGUUCAUCAACAAGCAUCUUGGCGAAGGGACAUUGCCUUGUGAUCUUCUUAGGCCUGUUGUUGAUGCUGUUUUAGCUGGGGGAAGGGCAGGGGCAUCUGAUAAUGCUGCUUGCCCACUGAUGUACAGAUGGCAUGGGACAAGAUACUGGGGUGCGGCCAAUGGCCUUGCUGGAAUCUUGCAAGUGCUACUUCACUUUCCUCUCUCCAUUGAGGAUGUCGAGGAUGUUAAGGCAACUUUAAGGUACAUGAUGAGCAACCGGUUCCCUCACAGUGGAAAUUACCCUUCAAGCGAAGGAAACCCGAGGGACAAAUUGGUGCAGUGGUCUCAUGGUGCAACUAGCAUGGCCAUCACCCUCUGCAAGGCAUCUGAGAUGUUUCCAAAUGAUAGAGAGUUCCGAAAUGCUGCCAUAGAAGCAGGGGAAGUUGUUUGGAAGAGUGGGUUAGUGAAGAAGGUAGGCCUUGCCGAUGGUGCGGCAGGAAACGCUUAUGCCUUCCUUUCCCUUUAUCGACUUACUGGAGAGAGCAUAUAUGAGGAGAGGGCAAAUGCGUUUGCAAGCUUCUUGUAUCAUAAUGCUAGUGAACUUGUGACAAUAGGGGAUGCUCGUGGAGCUAAUCAUGCCUAUUCUCUCUUCCAAGGACUAGCCGGAACAGCUUGCCUUUGGUUUGAUCUUCUCAAACCUGAGAGUUCCAGGUUCCCAGGUUAUGAACUUUAAGUGAAACAGUAUAGCUGAAAUCUAUAUUAUGCGUGUGAAUUUAAGGCUAACAUGAAUGUAGUAAGAGUGUAACUUCAACGCUCGAAUUAUAAAUAUGAAGAAAACUCGGACAUAGAUAUCUUUCCAAGGUUUUAUUUACUAAUGAUUUGCGU